GAGCACGGUUUAGACUUUAUCCCUCGCCCCCUUCUCCUCUCUUCCUCACCCUCUCACUGAUGGCUUCCUCUUCUCUAAUGGCGGCAGUAACCCACCUCUCUCCAUCGAGCCAUAGGGUUCAAGAUCGGCGUUCCUCGCAUGCUCCCUCGAACGUUCUCCUCGCCCGCCCCUCCGCCCGCUGCAGAGCGCCCCCCAGACUCCAUUCGAGCCGCCGACGAUCCUUCUGCCCCGCGCAGCGCUGGCCGUAUGUUGACGUGAAAGAAAAACCACAAGCUAACACAAGACUGCAUGCUUCUUCAAAACAAUAUAUUCACAAGAUCAAAGAAACACAUGCUUUGAGGUUUUCUCCAGAGCAGCAUGGCUGUCUUUCUUGCUUCCGGAGCCACUAUAGACGGAGGGGUUGCAUUAAAAGACAUGCACCAGGUGUCUUUCUUGACAAAUCAGGUCUCUCAUUUCAAAAACAUUUAUCUAGCAGUGGCACUGUGAAACCAGCCCAUAUUCCAUUGGCAACUUUGGGUCCUGAGGAACCACAUGUUGCAAGCACAACUUGGUCUGAUACAAUGCUUGAGAAACAAGGUUUGACUUUCUGGGAUCCUGAGGUAGAAAAGGCAGAAUUAGAAGGAUUCUUAAGUUCUCCACUUCCUUCUCAUCCAAAGCUGUACAGAGGACAACUGAAGAAUGGUCUUCGCUAUCUUAUUUUACCUAAUAAAAUUCCAGCAAACAGGUUUGAGGCACAUAUGGAAGUUCAUGUUGGAUCAGUUGAUGAGGAAGAUGAUGAGCAGGGGAUUGCUCAUAUGAUUGAACACGUUGCAUUUCUUGGUAGUAAAAAGCGUGAGAAACUUCUUGGGACAGGAGCAAGAUCUAAUGCAUAUACAGACUUUCACCAUACAGUGUUCCAUAUCCAUGCUCCGACCAGCACAAAGGACUCAGAUGGAGAUCUACUUCCAUUUGUAUUGGACGCACUGAAUGAGAUAGCAUUCCACCCUAAGUUUCUUCCAUCUCGUGUUGAAAAAGAGAGACGGGCUAUCCUUUCAGAACUACAGAUGAUGAACACCAUAGAGUAUCGUGUUGAUUGCCAGUUGUUACAACAUUUGCACUCAGAAAAUAAACUGGGCAAAAGAUUCCCAAUUGGACUAGAAGAGCAGAUUCAGAAGUGGGAUGCAGAUAAAAUCAGGAAAUUUCAUGAGCGCUGGUAUUUUCCUGCAAAUGCUACUUUAUACUUGGUUGGGGAUAUCGAUAACAUUCCCAAGAUGGUGUACCAAAUCGAAGCUGUAUUUGGACGAACACAUGCAGAAAAUGAAACGUCAACUGUCCAUACUCCAAGUGCUUUUGGCGCAAUGGCAAACUUUCUUGUUCCAAAGCUGCCAGGUGGGCUGGCUGGAAGUCUGUCUAAUGAAAGAUCAUCUAUUUCAUUAGAUCAACUAAAGCCUGCAAAGAAGGAAAGGCAGGCAGUUAGACCGCCUGUCGAACAUAAAUGGUCUCUCCCUGGACUGGGUCACGAUGACAAGCCUCCUGAAAUCUUCCAGCAUGAGUUGAUUCAAAAUUUCUCUAUCAACAUGUUUUGCAAGAUUCCUGUCGAUCAAGUUCAAACAUACAGGGACUUGCGCAACGUCUUGAUGAAGAGAAUAUUUUUAUCAGCUUUGCAUUUCCGGAUCAAUACAAGAUACAAGAGCUCAAAUCCUCCUUUUACGUCUAUUGAGCUGGACCAUAGUGAUUCGGGAAGAGAAGGAUGCACUGUUACCACUCUUACAGUAACAGCAGAACCAAAGAACUGGCAGAGUGCUGUUAAGAUUGCAGUUCAUGAGGUCCGAAGACUUAAAGAGUUUGGUGUAACAAAGGGAGAAUUAACUCGCUACAUGGAUGCACUUAUAAAAGAUAGUGAACAAUUGGCUGCAAUGAUUGAUAGUGUCCCAUCAGUUGAUAACUUAGAUUUUAUCAUGGAAAGUGAUGCUCUGGGUCAUACUGUUAUGGAUCAAAGACAGGGACAUGAAAGUUUGGUAGCAGUUGCUGAAACGGUUACACUUGAAGAAGUUAAUGCAGCUGGUGCAAAGGUGUUGGAAUUCAUUUCUGACUUCGGAAAGCCUACUGCACCACUUCCUGCUGCUAUUGUUGCCUGCGUUCCAAAGAAAGUGCAUAUGGAUGGAGUGGGAGAAACUGAGUUUAAGAUCUAUCCACACGAGAUCACUAAUGCUAUGAAAGCAGGUUUAGAGGAACCCAUACAUGCUGAGCCAGAGCUUGAGGUGCCAAAAGAAUUGAUUACUCGAUCACAGUUGGAGGAGUUGACAUUGCAACAUAAACCAUCCUUUGUUCCUUUAAAUCGGCAAACAAAUGCAACAAAAGCAUUUGACAAUGAAACUGGCAUCGCACAAUGUCGCCUCUCAAAUGGGAUUCCCGUAAACUAUAAGAUCACAAAAAAUGAAGCAAGGUGUGGUGUCAUGCGACUGAUUGUAGGUGGUGGAAGAUCAACUGAAACUUCUCAAUUGAAGGGAGCUGUUGUUGUAGGUGUUCGAACUCUAAGUGAGGGUGGUUGUGUUGGUAACUUCUCCAGGGAACAGGUAGAGCUUUUCUGUGUGAAUCAUCUGAUAAACUGCUCUUUGGAGUCCACAGAGGAAUUUAUCUCUAUGGAAUUUCGGUUUACUUUACGAGACAAUGGGAUGCGUGCUGCUUUCCAACUUCUUCAUAUGGUCCUUGAGCACAGCGUAUGGCUAGAAGAUGCUUUUGAUAGAGCAAGGCAGCUAUAUUUGUCACAUUAUCGUUCCAUUCCCAAAAGUUUAGAGCGCUCAACUGCUCACAAACUUAUGCUAGCAAUGUUAAAUGGGGAUGAGAGAUUUGUUGAGCCGACACCAGAAUCAUUGCAAAAGUUGACACUUCAAUUGGUUAGAGAUGCUGUGAUGAAUCAGUUUGUUGGUGACAAUAUGGAGGUUAGCAUUGUUGGGGAUUUCACUGAGGAUGAUAUUGAAUCUUGUAUACUUGAUUAUCUGGGAACAGUCGGAGCCACAAGGGGUGCUAAGAGUCAGCUGUGCGUCAACCCAAUCAUGUUUCGACCAGGCCCAUCUGACCUGCAUUUUCAACAAGUACACCUGAAGGACACUGAUGAGAGAGCAUGCGCAUAUAUUGCAGGCCCAGCACCAAAUCGCUGGGGAUUCACUGUUGAAGGAAAAGAUCUUUUUGAUUCAGUAAAAAGCCCAAUUUUAAAGGAUGAGCAGUCUAAUUCAGAGAUGUUCACUCCUUUGGAAAGGAAAGAUGUAGGAAAUGAUCUCCAAAGAAAUAUUCGGAGUCAUCCACUGUUCUUUGGCAUUACUUUGGGGCUGUUGGCUGAGAUCAUAAACUCUAGGCUCUUCACAAACGUCAGGGAUUCUUUAGGACUAACAUAUGAUGUAUCCUUUGAACUAAGCCUUUUUGAUAGGCUGAAACUUGGAUGGUAUGUGAUAUCUGUAACUUCUACUCCUAGUAAGGUUUACAAAGCUGUUGAUGCAUGCAAGAAUGUUCUUAGAGGUUUGCAUACUAACAAGAUUGCCCAGAGGGAGCUGGACCGGGCAAAGAGGACCCUGCUGAUGAAACAUGAUGCUGAAAGCAAGUCAAAUGCUUACUGGUUAGGAUUGUUAGCACAUUUACAGGCUUCAUCUAUUCCAAGAAAGGAUAUUUCGUGCAUCAAAGACUUAACCUCAUUAUAUGAAGCUGCAACAAUUGAGGACAUCUACCUUGCAUAUGAACAUCUGAAAGUAGAUGAUUCUUCUUUGUUUUCAUGCGUUGGAGUGGCUGGUGCACAGGCAGGUGAAGAUACAUCUGGUAAGACAUUUUCAGAUGACGAAGAAUUAGAUUUGGGCCAUCAAGGGGUCACUCCCAUUGGCCGUGGUCUAUCGACAAUGACAAGACCCACAACCUGAUUCCCUUCAGAACAUCCAUUUUUCCCUAUAACUUCUAAGCAUCAGGAGAUGUUUUUGUUAGCAAUCCAGAUGAUAGGAUCAUUAAAGCCUAUCUUGUGAUCUCUAGCACCAAAAGUGAAAUAAAGAGGAAUUGGAAACCAGCAAUUGGCAGAGCUGAUGUUAUAGCUUAUGGCAGAUGAUGAAGACUGGAAGAUGGUUUUGGCAGCUGAUUUGAAGAUGAUGCUAUAGUCAACGAACAAGACUUGUGAUUCGAAGUGUUAAGACAACAUGUCAUGGGACGGAUCGAUUGGGGUAUUAUGUUAGAUAUCAAGCAUUAAAUGCUUGACAUAUGGGAACAACAUGAUUCUUGUUGGUGCAUGACAAAUUAAAUACCCUUACUGAUUUGCACGUAUAAUGGCAGUUGUUUUGGAA